AUGCCUUAUGCUCAGCACACGUCGGAGAUCGGCGUGGAGCCGCGGGAGGGCCAGCUGGCGCCCCACGAGGAGCGCGAGAUCCGGUUCAGCUUCAAGUCCGCGCGGGCAGCGCAGUUCAAGAGCACGCUUCAGUUGGAGUCCCGCGACGUGGAGGGCCUCAACAGCUGGCAACAGGCGGCCAAGAUCUCUGUGGCCGCGGAAUCCUUCGCGGUGGACGCGGUCAUUGAGCCCGACCCUAGGGAGGUGCCCUUGGACUUUGGCACCGUGCUGGUGCACAGCAGUGCUCAGCGCAUUUUCGAGAUCCUCAACCGGGGCCGCUUCCCGGUCCGCCCGGCGCCCAGCACGCGCCCAGACAGCCGUGCAUCUGACGCAAUGCUGGUUCUCUUGGCAACUCUGGCUCUGGCGGCCGCACGGCCUCGCCAACUGGGCGGUACGCCCUCCAUGGACACUGCGGCCGAUUAUUCUGCCCCAUCCAGCUUUGCCAUGGUCUCUCGUGUCUACAUCCCCUACGACACAGAGGCAACUUCUUUGGCUUUUGGCAUGGGUGCUGCGGAGCAGAUUGCAUAUGAUCACAUGCAGAAGUAUGCAUAUGCCGUCUCUGAGCAGGGUGUCCUGAAUGUCAUCGACUGGAACGAUCCCAGUAAUCCUGCCGUGCAAUCCAGCUUGGCGUAUGAUUUCCAAGGCGAGAAACUGACAGACAUCGAGAUCUGUGCGGAUAAGCGGGUGAUCUUUGUUGGUGCCGGUGCGUCUACCAAGACAGACAAUGGACGUGUUCAUAUCUUGACAACUGUCCAGCGUUCCUCCCCUGCAGCUCCUACUAGCAUUGGGAAUUUGGAAGCUGGUCCUUUGCCAGAUAUGAUUUUGCCCAACAGCGACUGCACCAAGCUGGCGGUUGCCAAUGAAGGUGAAGCCAUCUAUAAGAACGGCCUUACUGACCCAGCAGGCAGUGCCAUGAUUUUCGAGAGCUCCGACUGGAGCAACGUGGCAAAUGUCGUAAAGCACACAGUGACCUUCGACUCCUACACGGACAGCCAGCUGAUUCAAAACGGAGUGCAUUUGCCCUUGUCUUAUGAUGCCAUGGUGUACUGGGACGACAAUUCCUAUGUGGCCAGUACGGUGGACUUCGCUUCUGCUCGGUCCUCCUACAGUGCUGCCACGAACCUGGAGCCUGAGUAUCUUGCGUGGUCCGGAGAUGAUUCCACUCUUUUCGUGAACCUGCAGGAGAACAACGCCGUUGCCAUCAUCAAUGUGCCCUCCACAGGAUCUCCAUCUUUGACAAAGAUCACUGGUCUUGGAUUGAAGGACUACACCACAAUCCCUAUUGACCUCAAGAAAGACCAAGCCUGCACUCUUGCAACGUAUGCUGGCCUGAAGUCUCUUCGCCUACCAGACUCCAUUCAGGCAGUGGAGGUGGAUGGAAAGACUUACCUCCUCACUGCCAAUGAGGGUGACGACGUCAGCUAUGGCGACUGGGAGGAGAAGAUGAAGUUGAAGGACGUGGUGGAGUCUGACGGAACCCCAGACAAGGACAUGAUCAACAUGACGAUUACAGCGGCUGCUGCAAGCGCGGCUCAAGCAGUGCAUACUGCCACGGAUGGACUGAGGAUUACCAUUGGGUCGACCGCUGUGGACUACAGCGAUCCUCUUGCUCCCGAGAUCCAGCACAUCGUUGCGUUUGGCGGUCGUGGCAUUUCAAUCUACGAGCACACAGGCGGUGAUCUGUCUCUGACCUGGGAUUCGGGCUCGGAAUUUGAGACUCAGCAAUGUGCACAUUUUCCGUGGGCACACAACGGCAUCCAGGAUGAAGAGUUCUCACCUGUGAAUGGUACCCUUUGGACUACAGAUGCAGGUAUCCGCGGGACUUUGGAAGAGAUGGCUCAGGAAUGCAACGAUGGGGGUGAUGGAAAGCCGGGUGCUUGCCCUCUUGGACAGACAGUUGAUGAACGAUCUGAGAAGGACGGGCCUGCGCCGGAAGCCAUUGUUGCUGGCAAAGCCUGUGGCUCACUUCUUGCAGUUACUGCUACGGAGAAGCAAAGCACAAUCUUUGUCUAUGACAUCUCCAACAUCAAUUCGCCCACUCUUCUCUUCGUGAAACAGCUGUCCCCUUCAUCUGAGACCAAGAAUCCGGGUGUCGCCUAUGCAGAUCGCAGCCUAGGAGAAAUUGAUCCGGAAGCCAUGAUCUUCUUGGAUGCAGCCCAUUCUCCAUCGGGAAAAGCCGGGGUGAUGGUUGGAGGCUAUGAGCUGGCGAUUCGCCGCGGCUUGCGGGAGCUGCUGCAGAUCGACCAGCCCAAGGAAGAGCUCCAGCCUGGAGAGCGCAAGGCCAUCACUGUGACCUGCACUCCAGGCCGUGUCUUCGAAGCCUCCAGCGAAGGCAUCGCACUGCAGAUCUUCGAUCAGCUGAGCGGGGAGUCCGUGGACCACCGGAUCCCGCCGAUGCGCGUGGCUCUGACAGCAGUCUACAACACCUUCCAGGUGACGCCGCCGCGCGGCUUGAACUUUGGACCUGUGGAGAAGGGGGAGACGCAGACCCGGAGCUUUACGAUCCGAAACAACGGCAUUUUCGCCUUCAACUGGAGCCUCUUCGAUUGGGCGGACCCUCCAUCCUUUGGCGAGGAUGGUCAGCCACCGUUGUCGAAGAACCCCGUGGCGGCUGGGCCCUUCAAUGUCAAGCCCACGUCUGGCAAGUUGGAUCCGGAUGAGGACGUGCAGGUUCAGGUCACCUUCGAGGCGGCCGGCGAUGAGGAUUAUGACUCCAAGAUUGCCAUUUGGGUGGAUGGGGUCCAGGGGGAGCCCUCGCCGGACGCGGGGCAGCUCGCAGGUUGCUCCUCGUACCUCCUCACGGGCCAGAGCUGCGUGCCAGGCAUCAACACCACCGACCUGCAGACGGUCUUCGAGGAACAGUUCUUCACGCGCACGCUGGAAGAUGCCAUUGCCAUCGCAGGGCGUUUGGAUGUCCGCGUUUUCUCGGAGGCGGAUCAAAUCUUCCACUUCGGACCGGUCUUGGUGAAGGAGCGAGGCGUUGGCACUAGCCAGCCCACCUCGCCCACCGCGCAGCCCCCAGAGUUCGGCGUCACGGAGAAUCUGCGGCUCACCAACCCCAAGGCGGUGCCUUGCAAGGUGCAGCUCUCCAUCAAGCCUCGGGAGGGCAGCGAUGUGGCUGGAUCCAGCGAUGCCUUCGAGGUGUUCCCUCAAGAGCUGGUCAUCUCUCCUCACGACUCACGGCAGAUCCAGGUGAAGUUCACGCCCAACCACCUGGCGAGCUUCGGGGCGGUGCUGGAGGCGGUGGUGCCUCAAGGCACGGACCCCAGCAGCAACUACCUCUCCUUCGAGCUCCGGGGUGAUGGGGCCGUGCCCUCCGUCUCUUUGCAGGGCCCACGGCUCUUUGGGGACGAGGGCGGAGAACUGGACAUGGGCAAGCUGGCGCUCUUCAGGAGGAACGAGGUGCAGAUGGCCCUCCGCAACGAUGGGCUGCUGCCGGCAACGGUUCGGGUGGACUUCGCCCACUCGCAGAACUUCACGGUGGCCUGCCCCUCCAGCGUGUCGCUGAACAAGGGCGAGUCCCGGAGCUUUCAGGUGCGAUUCCACCCGCAUGCCAUCGGCAAGGUCAAGGCGGAUCUGGGCAUUCGCACAUUGGGAAAUCCCUUCGAGGACGUCACCAUCCAGCUGGAGGGCGAAGGCCACAGCAACGAGGUGUGUUGGGAGCUCUCAGACGUGCGCCGUGCGGGCGGCGUCUUCGGCAUGCGCGGCAGACUGGAGCCCCAUGCAGGACUACGUGCCGCCCUCGCCGGAUGA